AUGAAUGACAAAUCCCAGGGAGUUUUCCUUCAUCAGCUAUUCCCAAAUCUUGACCAUCACUAUAAGGGGAUUCUCCAGUUAUUGCUGCAUUUCCAGUGGAUAUGGAUUGGUGUUAUAUAUAUAGACGAUGACAUUGGAGAAAGCUAUGUGGAAAGCAUACUUUCCAUUUUUGCUCAGGAAGCUAUCUGCUUUGAUUUUGUAGAAACAUUUCCACAAAUAAGUUUUUCUUCAGAAAUCAACCCAAUAGCAUUGGAAGGACUGAAGACAAUAAGCAUUGUUAUGGAAAGAACAGCCAAUGUAGUUCUUGUACUGGGAGAAAUUCAAAGUAUUAUGGUUUUAAGAAUUAUGCUUCAGUUCUCCAAAUUUCAUGACAUACCAAUGAAAGCCAAAGUAUGGAUUUUCACUGCCCAAACGGAUUUCACAUCCCUUCCGCUGCUACGGAGCUGGGACAUGGACUUCAUCCAUGGGGCUCUAUCCUUUGCAGUUCACACCAAAGACGUUUCCAGCUUCCAUCAAUUCCUUCAAUUGAGAAAGCUUCCAUCAGAAAAAGAAGAUGGCUUCUUCCACAACUUCUGGGAAGAGGCAUUCCAGUGCUCUUUCUCCCAUUCCAAUCUAGAAACAAAGCCAGGAGGACUCUGCACUGGAGAGGAGAAGUUAGAAACCCUUCCUGGCUCUGUUUUUGAAAUGAGCAUGACCAGCCACAGCUAUAGCCUCUAUAAUGCUGUUCAUGUAGUGGCAGAAGCUUUGCAUGCCAUGCAUUCCAGGGCAGUGAACAAAAGAGCAAUCCAGAGAAGAGGAAGAAGGGAACUUCUCAAUCAACAACCAUGGAAGCUUCACCAUUAUUUGAAAAGCAACUCAUUUAACAAUAGUGUUGGAGAAACCUUCACCUUUAGUUCACAUGGGGAAUUAAUAGUUGGAUUUGAUCUUAUAAAUUGGGUCACAUUUCCCAAUCAAUCCUUCCAGAGAGUAAAAGUUGGAGGAGUAGCACCACUGGGUUCUCUUGGGAAAGUAUUCACCAUCUCUGAAAAUGCUAUUAUAUGGCACAACAAUUUCAAACAGAUUCAACCUAUUUCUCUGUGUAAUGUCAACUGCCAUUCUGGUUAUAGUAAAACCAAGAUUGAGGGGAAGCCAUUUUGCUGCUAUGAUUGUCAUUUAUGUCCUGAAGGAAAGAUUUCAAACCAAAACGAUAUGGAAGACUGUUUUCAAUGUCCAGAAAAUCAGUAUCCCAACGUGGAUCGGAAUAUGUGCCUUCCGAAAGGUAUCAGCUUCCUCUCAUUUGAAGAACCUUUAGGAAUUAUGCUUACCCUUUGCACUCUUUUGUUUUCUUUCCUCACAGCUUUGGUGCUUUACAUCUUCAUUAAGCACCGGGAGACUCCCAUUGUCAAAGCCAACAACCGGAACCUCAGCUAUGUUCUUCUCAUUUCCCUUUUGUUUUGUUUCCUUUGCACUUUGCUCUUCAUUGGACAGCCCACAAAGCUUAUGUGUCUCCUUCGACAAACAACCUUUGGCAUCACCUUCUCAAUAGCCAUUUCUUCAGUUUUGGCCAAGACCAUCAUUGUGGUCCUGGCCUUCAUGGCAACCACACCAGGUGGUGGGAUGAGGAAAUGGUCUGGAAAGCAAAUGGCCAGCUCCAUCGUCCUCUCCUGCUCUUUUAUUCAAGCUUUGAUUUUCACUGGGUGGUUGGUAACUACUCCUCCCUUUCCAGACAUUGACAUGCACUCCCUGAUUGAAGAAAUUAUCCUGGAAUGUAAAGAAGGCUCUAUCACCAUGUUUUACAUUGUCUUGGGAUUUCUGGGGUUCUUGGCUACCAUCAGCUUCACGGUGGCCUUCUUGGCCAGGAACUUGCCUGACAGUUUCAAUGAAGCCAAGUUUAUCACCUUCAGCAUGUUGGUCUUCUGCAGUGUCUGGGUGUCCUUUGUUCCAACUUAUUUAAGCACAAAGGGCAAAUACAUGGUGGCCGUGGAGAUUUUUUCCAUCUUGGCCUCCAGUGCUGGUUUAUUGCUCUGCAUCUUCUCCCCUAAAUGUUAUAUCAUUGUUGUGAGGCCUGAACUGAAUAACAAGGAACAGCUAAGAAGACGAAAGUCAUAG